UUGUGUUGACUUACAGACAGCAGAAUUAAGCGCACGAACAGGAAUGUUCCAUCACAUGUCAGCUCCGUGACUUCCACCAAUGAGCGGCGUGUUGGUCAACGCUGAGCCGUCUUCCGUGCAGCUUCUCCCGCCUGCCAGAGGAGAGCAGUCGAGCUCGGGGUGGAAGAUGGCGGUGGUGGUGGGGAUGCUGCCUGCAAGUGGAUCUCCGCAGUUUUACCCCAAACCCACCCCGAUGGACGUGGAAGACAACAAUGAGCGCCUUUAUGUCUUUUCUACGCUUUUUGGUGGGUUUUAGCAAGGAUCUGUCGCCUUUUUUUUAGUCAGUGGUCGUACGUGUGUGUGCGCGUCGACGUCUUCUUGUCCGGAGACUUUUCCCCCUCUGAGCUCCCACAGGCUGCGAGUGUGAAAGUGGACAAAAAAUGUCGGAUACAAAAGUCAAAGUUGCCGUGAGAGUUCGGCCCAUGAACCGCAGAGAAAUGGAGCUGAAUACAAAAUGCGUGGUGGACAUGGAGGACAACCAGACACUUCUGCACCCACCGCCCUCCAAUGCUAAAGGAGACAACAGCAGGAAGCAAGCUAAGGUGUUCGCCUUCGACUACUGUUUCUGGUCCAUGGAUGAGUCCAACGUUCCCAAAUAUGCUGGUCAAGAGGUGGUGUUCAAGUGCCUUGGAGAGGGAAUACUUGAAAAUGCAUUCCAGGGAUAUAAUGCUUGCAUAUUUGCCUAUGGACAAACAGGUUCUGGCAAGUCAUUUUCCAUGAUGGGGAACGGGGAGCAGCCGGGUUUGAUCCCUCGACUCUGCUGCUCACUUUUCGAGAGGGUCCAGAGAGAAUCAAACGAGGCCCAUACUUUUAAAGUGGAAGUGUCCUACAUGGAAAUCUAUAACGAGAAGGUCCGCGAUCUACUGGAUCCCAAAGGGAGCCGGCAGUCUCUGAAGGUUCGGGAACACAAAGUCCUGGGUCCAUACGUGGAUGGUUUGUCUCAGCUGGCAGUGACCAACUUCGAGGACAUUGAGGUGCUCAUGUCGGAGGGGAACAAAUCUCGCACAGUGGCAGCCACCAACAUGAAUGAGGAGAGCAGUCGAUCUCAUGGCGUCUUCAGUAUUAUUGUCACACAAACGCUCUACGACCUACAGUCUGGGAAUUCCGGGGAGAAGGUGAGCAAGAUGAGUCUCGUUGACCUGGCAGGAAGUGAGCGAGUGUCCAAGACAGGAGCUGCUGGGGAGCGACUCAAAGAAGGCAGCAACAUAAACAAGUCUUUGACUACGCUAGGUUGUGUGAUUUCCGCAUUAGCGGAUCAGUCUGCAGGGAAGGGGAAGGCCAAAUUUGUGCCUUACAGAGACUCUGUCCUUACCUGGCUGCUCAAGGACAAUCUUGGUGGAAACAGUAAAACGGCUAUGAUAGCCACAGUGAGUCCUGCAGCAGAUAACUAUGAAGAGACUCUUUCCACUCUGCGCUAUGCCGAUCGAGCCAAAAGGAUUGUCAACCACGCCGUGGUGAACGAAGACCCCAAUGCUCGCAUCAUUCGGGAACUCCGAGAGGAGGUGGAGAAGCUCAAAGUCCAGCUGUCUCAGGCGGAGUCCUUGAAGUCACCUGAGCUAAAAGAUAAGCUACAUGAAUCUGAGAAACUCAUCAUGGAGAUGACCGUCACUUGGGAGGAAAAGCUUCGAAAGACUGAGGAGAUUGCCACGGAGCGCCAGAAGCAGCUGGAGAGCAUGGGCAUCUCUUUGGAAACAUCCGGGAUAAAAGUGGGUGAAGACAAGAGUUUCCUGGUCAAUCUGAACGCUGACCCGGCCUUAAAUGAGCUACUGGUCUACUACCUGAAGGAUCUCACGCAUGUCGGCGCUGACACUUCUCAGGACAUCCAGCUCUUUGGGAUCGGUAUCCAGCCGCACCAUUGUGUCCUGGAGCUGUGUCAAGAUGGUGACGUCACUUUGACGCCCAUAGGGAACGCCCGGACCUGCGUGAACGGAACAAUGAUUGAUUCUUUGGUCCACCUCUGGCAUGGGGACCGUAUCUUAUGGGGCAACAACCACUUUUUUAGGAUAAAUCUUCCUAAACGAAAGCGGCGGGAUCGUUUGAAGGAGCUGGAGAGGGUCUCUCCCAGGGAGAGCUUUGUGGAGAUGGAUGUGGAGACGGCCAGCGAGGCUUCUUCUGAGCAGGACUACAGUUAUGAGUUUGCCCAGAUGGAGGUCAUAAUGAAGACUCUUGGGAACAAUGACCCCAUGCAGAAUGCUGUCCAGGUUCUGGAGAAGCAGUACCUGGAGGAGAAGCGCACAGCUCUGGAGGAGCAGAGGAUGAUGUACGAGCGAGAGCUGGAAUCGCUACGACAACAGCUUUCUCCAGAGAAAACACAACAGCACCACCGCAGCAGCAGUGAACGCCUCACGUUCCAGAUGCACACACCACACAGCAAGCUGCAACUGUGGACAGAGGAAAGGGAUGAACUUUUCCGCCAGAGUCUUUCUCGGCUGAGGGAGCAGGUCCUAAAAGCCAACACGCUGGUGCGAGAGGCCAACUUUUUGGCUGAGGAGAUGAGCAAACUGACCGACUAUCAGGUCACGCUUCAGAUUCCUGCAGCCAACCUCAGUGCCAACCGCAAGCGUGGAGCCAUAGUGAGUGAGCCGGCUAUUCAGGUGCGCAGGAAGGGGAGGGGAACUCAGGUGUGGACGAUUGACAAGCUGGAGAACAAGCUGGUGGACAUGAGAGACCACUACAGGGACUGGAAGGAAGGCUCGGAGGAGAUGUUGCAGUACAACAAGGCAAACGGUAAACACUCUGACCCAUUUUACGACGCACAAGAGAAUCACAAUCUUAUAGGAGUGGCCAACAUUUUUCUGGAGUGCCUUUUCCAUGAUGUCAAGCUGCAAUACGCUGUUCCCAUCAUCAGUCAACAGGGGGAGUUAGCCGGCAGGUUGCACGUAGAGCUGAUGCGAGUUAGCGGCACUGUGCCUGAGCGCCUAUAUUGUGGAGACGACUCCUCUGAGAACUCAAGUGAGAGCAGCUGCUACGAGGUGAUGGACACCAAUGGAGAGAUUGUCCACAUGGCCAAGAGGCUCAUUAUCAGGGUUCGCAUCAGGGAGGCAACAGGGCUGCCUCUCAACCUGUCCAACUUUGUCUUCUGUCAGUACACUUUCUGGGAACAUGGCGAGCCCACAGUGGCUCCUCCAAUGGUGAGCCCAGACAGGCCGUCUUCUCUGAGCCCAGAUACACAGUUUACGGUCCAGUUUGACCACUGCAAGGACUAUGUUGUUCAUGUGACGGAUGACUUUUUGGAGUUCAUAUCAGACGGAGCCUUGGCGAUAGAAGUGUGGGGUCACUGCUGUGCUAAAAAUGGACGCCGUCCGUGGGAGUUAGAUGCACUGGAAGCCAAGACUCAAACACUGCGAGACAGGUGGAGCGAAGUGUCUCGCAGGAUCGAGCUGUGGGUCUCCAUCCAGGAGCUGAAUGAGCAGGGAGAAUACUCUGCCGUGGAGCUACUUCCUGGAAAAGACAUUAGCACAGGAGGAGUCUUCCAACUGCGGCAGGGUCACUCCAGGAGGCUUCAUGUCAGCGUGAAGCCGGUCCAGAACUCAGGCACCCUGCCUCUGCUGAUGGAGGCCUUGUUGUCUGUGUCUAUCGGCUGUGUGACGGUGCGAUCCUCCAAACUGCAGAGACCCCUUGAUACCUACCAGGUGUCAGCUGCAGUUCUUCCACACACACACACACAGAUGCACGUGCACACACAUUUGACAAAGUGUGUUCUCUCCUGCCAGAGAGAGGUGGAAGACGAUAUGGAUAGUUAUCAGGAAGAAGAUUUGAGCUGUGUAAGAGAGCGAUGGUCAGACGCUCUGAUCAAACGACGAGAGUACCUUGAUGAACAGAUCAAGAAGAUCAUCAACAAGCACGAGAAGUCAGAGGAGGAUGUCGAGCGUGAAGCCCGGCUGGUGGAACAAUGGGUCGGCCUUACUGAGGAGAGAAACGCUGUGCUCGUACCCACACCUGCAAGUGGCAUCCCAGGAGCUCCUGCUGACUGGACCCCACCUGCUGGUUUGGAGGCUCACAUUCCAGUACUCUUCCUGGAUUUGAACGCUGAUAAUCUGACUGUAAAUGAGCAGCUGACAGGCCCACAUGCUGCAGGUGUUAACUCUAUCCUUCCCAAAGAGCAUGGAAGCCAGUUCUUCUAUCUGCCUAUCAUCAGGCAUAGUGAUGAAGAGGUGUCUGCACUGUGCUCCUGGGACUCAUCCAUCCAUGAUUCUGUACACCUCAACCGGAUCACAGCUCCACACGAGCGCAUCUACAUGAUCCUCAAAGCCACAGUGCAGCUCAGCCACCCCGCCUCUAUGGAGCUGGUCCUCCGCAAGAGGGUGGCUGUCAACAUCUACAACAAACAGAGCUUCACACAGAGCCUCAAAAGGAGAAUGUCCCUCAAAAACACACUUUACUCCUGUGGUGUGACCUAUGAAAUUGUGUCCAACAUACCAAAGGCCUCGGAGGAGCAGGAAGAAAGAGAGACCUUGGCCCUCAUGGCUGCUCGUGCAGACAGCGAAGAGACUCAGGAUGGAGAAACUUACAUCGAGAAAUACACUCGAGGAGUUCUGCAAGUGGAGAACAUCCUGAGUUUAGAGAGGCUACGACAGGCUGUGACGGUAAAAGAGGCGGUGGCUGCCAAGGGACGUCAUCUCAGAAGAAGCAUCAGUACACCCAAUGUACAACAUUCGUCCUGCAGUAAAACAGACCUGACUGGCUGUGAGGAUGAAGACUGCAAGAACCACUGUGAUCGUGUCGACAGCUGCAACCCUCAGGAUGGCUCGCUAUGUAGCACACCCGUGAAGAACAAGGAGGGUCCAGUUCCAGAGAGUCCUACAUUCUUCAACACGAGUCCCUUCAAGCUUCUGUCCCCGCAGCCGUCUAAGUUCCUCAAGUCCCUGCUGCCUGUUAAGGAGGAGAACAAGGUGAAGAGAGUCCUGGAGUCACGUCCAUUGCUUGGACAGGAGAGCAUGCGCUCAUGUGUGGACAGCCCUGCACUGCUCCCCCCUCCCUGCCCCUGGCGCAGACCCAGGGCAGGCAGCGAGGGCCACUGCAAGCCUUCCACCCCCACUGUUACCUCCACCUCCACCUGCAGACAGCUCAGCCGCACACUGCCUCAUGGUGCUCACGAGUCCGAUGAGGAGACUGACGUGGAUGUGAAUCUCAAUCUGGACCGAGGCCCUCAAGACCACUUCCAGUCGUACAUCCCAGAGGACUUUGCAAACUUCGACGGCUACAACGCCACUCUAGGGAGCCGUGUUGAUUCCAAAGAGAGAAGAGAGGUGUCUCGUAGCCCCACCACUAGCAGCUGCACCAGCGGUUACUUUUCCCACAGUGCCUCCAACGCCACGCUGUCCGACAUGCCUUUCACCUCCAGUGAGAGCUCUGAUCACCUCAGCUGCGCCUCCAGGGAUUCCCAUGACCCCCAAGGAUGUCCUUCUGGAAGAGGCUACACACAAAUUAAAGGCGAAGACCAGCAGCCUGUCAGCCCCUCCGCUUCUCGACCUAUCAGUGUUCCUUGUGGCAAGCAGAAAACAUUCCCUCAAAACUGUGUUCUCAGUUGCAGCCAGGAGUUUACGGACUUUAAAGGGGCUGAUGACAGUAGUACACAAGAGGAUUUGGACCAUUUUGCAGAGAGAUGGGAGCAGGAGGGUGACGAGAUCUGCUCACAACUGAAUAAGACAGACUCUUUUGAUGACAUUGCGAGUAUUAACAGUUCUGACAACGCCUCGGCUGCUAUACACAAAUAUCCUGUUGCAAGUAACACCACUGUAGUUUACACCUCAGUCAGACCUCCGAAUAUCGCAUCACCGCCCGCAGGCACAGUUUUGUCCAAAGCCCAGACCCUGACAGGAGGAGACCCUCCGUUCCGGGAGCCAGUGCAGGGAGACGUGCCGCUACACGGGAGCCCUUGUCCAAGCCCGAACCCCAGCAGCACAGAACCCUCCGGGGACUCCAGCGGGGAUGAGAGUACCCCCGUCGCCCAGCUCCCAGAUUGGAUGGCGCCUGGAGAGAUGGUGUGGGUCGGAAAGAGACGAGGAACGGUCCACUAUGUCGGAGGGGUGGAGUUUGCCAAGGGAAUCUGGGUUGGUGUGAAACUGGACCUGGCAGUGGGUAAGCACAAUGGUACAGUCCAAGGCAGAGUGUACUUUCGAUGUCCGCCAGGUCACGGCGUGUUUGUGAAACCAUCUCGUCUCUCAAGAGACACACCCUCCAUGGGCACAAAAGCAGCCACGCUGAUCAGAUAAGACACAAAGACUUCAGCCUCAGCUAUUGUUUUACCUUCUAAUGAAGCUACAAUCUAAUCACUGAAUAUGCACAUGCUCAUUAUGCACAUACUUUUCCAUUUGCUGAUGGUUUUUUAAUAUAACUGGGAUCCAUAUGGAAAUACUAUAGCCACUUCAAGUAUCCUAUUUUUCUACGUCCAUUCAUUAUUCCCUGAGGCUCAUAUGAUGAUUAAUCUGGGAUAUGAAGAUUAAGAAUGUACUACUGUUAAUAAUAAGCAUUGCUUUUUGCAUUCAUGUGUGACAUGUAUGGGGCAACCAAAGAGUUUCAUAUCUGCUGUUAGAAAGGUGACAAAAGAGGGCUGGAAAAUGUAUUGCAAAUGAAUGGACUAAAGAUUUUAUUUUCCCAUGGGAAUUAAUGAGAAUUGAUGGCAAUCAAUUAGACAACAACAAAAACAUGAUGCACAUUGCAGGGUAGAAAUGAAAAUGCCAUAUUGUAUAGGCAAUAUGAUGCUGAAAUGUUUAUCUAACUCCUUUCAAUGAUUUAUUUGUAAUUUUGCACAACUUCUUUCAUGAUUUUAUUUCCUGUAAAUACAUACAAUUCAAGUUAAUUCCCCUGGAAAUAAUUUUGCAGCCUUCAUUUUAAAUUCCACAGUGACCUGAAUAUAAGACGUCCUCUCUUUUUCAAGACCAGAUUUUGAAAACUGUAUAUAUAUAUA